AUGAAACAAUUUGAGUACAAAGAACUUGACUUUUUGCAAAAAAGAUUGGACAUUACCAGGCAGACAGAAAAAGUUUUUAAGCAGCGCUGUAUCAACCCGAUUAAAAAGGAAGCUAUUCUGCACCAAUUAGUGCCCUACAUACCAGAAAACUGGCGAAAGUUUUGGCUAAACCUGCAAACAGAUAAUGACACGAGUGAUUUAGUGAUGCAAGAGGAAUCAAACCUUGAAGAUAUUAACUAA